ACAAACUGUUACCCUUUCAAACGAUGCCGUGUCGCAAACGUUAACGUCCUCUAACGGUUUACGUUAGUCAUUGCAAUGAGGGACAAGGCUGCAGUUUUCGUGCUACUUUUGAUUUGAAUGUGUCAUUUACAGACUGACACUUAUAAUACUGGAGGAUGGAUCCUGUCGUGCUGAGCUAUCAGGACAGCCUGUUGCGGCGCUCUGAUGUGUCCUUACUGGAGGGACCUUAUUGGCUCAAUGACCAGGUCAUUGGUUUUGCCUUUGAGUAUUUUGCCGCUGAGCGCUUCAGAGUCCUGGGAGACACCGUCACCUUCAUUAGCCCGGAGGUCACUCAGUUCAUUAAGUGCGCUUCUUGCCCCGAUGAAUUAGCUGUAUUUCUGGAGCCGCUGGAUCUUGCUUCUCGUCACUGGGUCUUCCUCGCUGUUAACGACAACUCCAACCAGACUGCUGGGGGAUCCCACUGGAGCCUUCUGGUCUACCAUCACAACUCCAACCACUUUUCUCACUAUGACUCUCAAAACGGCAGCAAUUCUUUGCACGCCAGGCGCAUCGCCAGCAAGUUAGAGCCUUUUUUGGGUGCCGGGAGGAAAGCUCUGUUUGUGGAGGAGCCCUGCCCGUCACAGCAGAACAGUUAUGACUGUGGUAUGUAUGUUAUCUGUAUCGCUGAGGCCUUAUGUGAGAAGGUCAGGGUGGAGGGCUCACCUCGUCUUCCAGUGCAGAUCAUCACCCCAGCCUACAUCACCCAGAAGAGGGCUGAAUGGUGCAGACUGAUCCAGAGUCUAGCUCAGACUGAUCUCUGCUGUGCUCUGUCUUUCCCCUAGCACGUUGAUUUCUCCUUAUUAUAUGCAGAACAGCUGUCAGCUUCUACAUAUCUACUGCUGGAGCAUCUUGAAUACAAUAUACAACUAUAUAUGAUCAAAUAUAUUUAUAUUUCAGCCGACUGCGUAAUCAAAAAAGAUAAACAAAGAAGAAUAUUUCCUGAUUAAUUGACCAUUUGGUGUGAUGUUUAUUCCUUGUAUAUGCACAGCAAAAUACAAUAGUUAAACAAGAACACCAGCAUGCCUAUAAAAGGCAGUUGCUCCCUCGUUCAUAUUUAGUGAGAAAGAGAAUAUUUUAUGUGGAAGAGGGGGAAGCACAGACCUUUCUUUUCUCCAUUGUUUAAGUUUGGAGCGAAUGUAGAAAUGUUUACACAGAUUAUUGCUCAGGGUCAUUUGAAAUGAACUAAGAUUGACAAUAAGAAUGUGAAUUUUAAUUUUGGCUCCUUCUUUAUUUCAAACCUGUUCUUGUGUCGUUCUGUUUCUCCAUUUGAACUUGUUACAUCUACGGCUUCAAGCUCUUAAUUUUUUAAAUCUUAUAAAGAAAACUGCUGUAUGAGGGUGGCGAGCUCGCGGUGUGCUGUGAGUGUUUAUAUGACAAAGGGCAAUGUUGAGUACUGGAAUGUAUGUUAUGCUGACACAAGAGGAAAGUAUUAAACUCAUUGUAUGUGAAGGUAAUAAAUCCUAUUUGUAACAUUUUUUA